CAGGGCAAGAUUGUUUCUACCGCUGCUCUUACUAGUAUCAAGUUAAGACAGAGCAAAGACAGCGAUUGGUCCUCGCCGGUUGGUUAUGCCAGCUUUGUUACCGACGCUAGGAAUUAUAAAUACGUUUGACUGUAUGUUGGGCAGUGUAAUGUCCCCAGAUGGCGAAUAUUUUCCCAACAUAUGCAAUUUAUCCUCCUGGGAAAACAAGACACCCUCCAUUAUUUCAUCUUGUGGCUGCGAAACGGUCAUCGAACGGCCAAUUUCAUCAAGCUUUCGGAGUCCCCAUCCAAUCAAAUAUUUGAUGAAUGGUAUCAAAUUCAAAGCAACUUACUCGAGGCCUUGUUCUGCAAGGCUUUUUUACUCACCACGGUGCUAUUGAACCAACUAUGCCUGGUACUGAUGGCACCAACUCGAAGUAUCAAAUUUAAGUCAAAACCUUAUGACUCCUUUGAUCCAAGGCAGAAUGCUGCCAACCAUGUUGAGGCUCAACGUCAACGCAUCAACAAUAGAUUCGCCAGAUCCACCAAUUCGUCACUGGGCAUCCAUUCGUCAAACCCAAAAAGAGUCUCAACCGCUUCCUGUUCUUCAACCGUUGCAGUUUCGGAUAGAUUUUUUUCGACGUCUUCAGCGCGGCGAUCUCAGAUGACAACAUUUACCAGUCCUUCAUUAAAGAUUUGUUGGAAAGCACUGAUUCUAGCUCAAAGAGCGAAUCUAGUAACAAGCUUGAGGGUAUUGACACUAGCGGUGUACCAUUUACGGGCACUCUUUCGGCCAAGAUUGGGUUUGACCUGUACUAUGAGCUGAUCUCACAAGCGUAUGCCUCGGAGGUUGGCUCUGCAGAGAAUGAAAUAGCAAACUCAGACCUGCAAUAGUAGCUAGGAGGCCAUAGAUUUAAUACUAUAAAUACUCUCGUAGGGAUAUAUAAUUUUAUAAGAUUUUCAACU